UUUGUAUCAUUCGCUCUUUGUAUAUUAAACUUACAUACCCCUCGUGCACUAGAGAUUGUGUGAAAAUGAUUGAAUUCAACCAAAAUCCACCUCUUCUUCAUGACUACACUCAACUUCUUAACCAGUCAAGAGACAAAAUUGACGUAAAACGACUUGUGAACAACGACCAUGUACCGACCGAGAUCAUGGAAGAAUGCCAGCUUCCACUUAUCGACCUUAGCGGUUUGUGGAGCGAAAAUGAAGAGGAUCGGCUUUCUUGUGGUUUGGAGAUAUGUAAGGCUUCGGCUGAAUGGGGAUUCUUUCAGAUUGUUAACCAUGGAAUAAACCUUGAACUUCUUAGGAAGAUGAGGAAGGAGCAAGUGAAGUUGUUUAAGGCAUCAUUUGAACAAAAAGCCGCUCCCGGGCUUCUUAAUAACUCGUAUAGAUGGGGAAAUCAAACCGCGACAUGUCCUAAACAAUUAUCAUGGUGUGAAGCUUUCCAUGUUCCUCUUACAAAGAUUUCUGAUGAUAGCUGCUAUGGAGACUUCAAUUCUUUAAGGGAAGUGAUGCAAGAGUAUGCGGGCUCAAUGCAAGAACUUGCAAAGUCGAUAGCAAAAGUACUUGUGACGAAUAUGGGAGUACAAAGGGGGGCAUGGGAAGAGAAGUGCGAUGCGAGCACGUGUUUCAUGAGGUUAAAUCGGUACCCUCCGUGCCCCGUGUCUCCAGAGGUUUUCGGGCUCGUCCCCCACACGGAUAGCGACUUCCUCACGAUAUUGCACCAAGAUGAACAAGUUGGUGGGCUUCAACUUAUGAAAGAUUCGAAAUGGGUGGCAGUAAAACCUAAUCCUGAUGCCCUUGUUGUCAACAUCGGUGACCUUUUUCAGGCAUGGAGCAAUGACGUUUACAAAAGUGUGGAACACAAAGUAAUGGUAAACCGGGAAGUAGAGAGACACUCGAUAGCCUACUUCUUGUGCCCUUCUUACGAGUCGUUCAUCGGUUCUUGCAAAGAAGAAAGUUCGAUAUAUAGAAGCUUCACGUUUGGGGAGUAUCGAAGCCAAAUUCAACAAGAUGUUAAAACCUUUGGUCACAAGGUCGGUCUUCCAAGAUUUCUUGUGUCUACCGGUGGAGAUGCAUAAAUAAAUCCUGUUGAAUACUAGAUACAUAUAUAUAACUAAAUAUAUACAUGGUGCAAUUAUGUUAAAAGAUAAUGCACCACUAGAGGGUUGGGGGAUUUAAUUAUUUCAUUUGUCAUAUAACAGUUAUAUAUCUUAUUUGUAU